UUACCCAAUAGACACACCUACGAGAAUAAUGAACGGUGCCAAGAGGGCGCUAUUCUCGCCUGAAAUCAGAUGCUAGCCUGCGCCAUUGUGUACCAGCAUGGAGGUAUUAUUUAGUUUUCCUUCUUCCUUCUAUGGACUAAAAUUAGGACUACUAGAAGUACUUCUUAUGGUAGACAUAAGCAUAAUUUUAAACUACCAAACAUAUAAAGAUAAAGCGAUACUAAAUGAAAAAGACCAAAAGAAUUACCGAUUGAUCAAAGGGCAUGAUUUAAGGGAAGGGGGAUUGUUCAGAAGCUCGCCUCACCUCAGACGCCUUCGUGAAGACGAAGUUGACGAGCACAAGCGACAAGUUCGAAUAUGAGGUUGGCGAUAGAGAUUGGAGACGGCGUGGUGAAGCUGGUGAUGGGA